AUUUGUGUUCAAACAUUGCUUUCAGUUGUUUGAAAGACACAUCUGAUGACAGAUUUAUAAAUUGAGAUCAAUUUAAGUGAUAUUUUGUGUCAUAUUUAGUGAUUAUCUUAUCUAACAAGUCAUGGAUUCAACACCCGAUUACGCGACACUCAUCUCAGAUCUGGAGCGACAAGAGUUGCAAUCUGUUGGAGGAAUGGCUUCGCCGCAAAUUUAUGGACAACUUUUGGCCAUUUAUUUGCUUUGCAAUGAUCUACCAAAUGCUAAACUCUUGUGGAAACGAAUUCCGGCGAAUGUCAAGACAGAGAAUCCUGAGUUGUCUCACAUUUGGGAGAUAGGGAUCAGGUUAUGGAAUCGUGAUUUGCCGACAAUAUAUCCAUUGUUGGCCUCAUAUGAAUGGCCGAACCAUCUGAAGAAUGUCAUGAAAUGUAUUGGCGAAACAACUCGCAAAAGAGCGCUAAACUUGAUAUCAAAAGGUUUUACAUCAAUUAGUUUGGAUGAAGUGAUCCAUUAUAUUGGGUUAUCCAAAGAAGAAACAAUUGAAAAGAUACGAAGUCUUGGAUGGACUAUAGAUAUGACAACCAAUUUUGUAAUACCAUCUAAGAUAUCAAACAAUGUCGAAGAAUUGACUUCUAGUGAAGAACAGUUGGCAAAACUUACUGAAUAUGUGGCGUUUCUCGAGAACUAAAUUAUAUUUGUUUUUUAAUUUUCAACAUUUUUCAA